AUGGCAUCAGCUCCGAGCGGUGGUUCUAGCGGUGGGAAGCCCAGAGGCAGUGUGCGGGAGGUGAAGCAGGUCCAGCUGGACGGGAGCGUGGUCCUCAAGAUCAUCAAACACUGCCAGGAGGAGGGCAGCGGGAGCGAGUGGGUGACUGGCUGUCUGGUGGGCGUGGUCGUCGACGAAACGCUCGAAAUCAGCAACUGUUUCCCGUUUCCCAAGGACUCCACGGAUAACCCUCGCGAGGAGAUCGAAUACCAGAAGAACGUACUCAAGAAGCUGCGGACGGUGAACGUUGACUAUCACGAGGUCGGCUGGUACCAAUCCACGUAUCUCGGCUCCCACGUGUCUCGAGAGUUCCUGGAGGCUCACGUGGGCUACCAGCGAGCCAUCCAGGAGUCUGUCGUUCUCAUCUAUGAUCCUCUCCAAACGUCUCGCGGGGCUCUCAGCCUCAAAGCCUACCGCCUCACACCACAGAUCCUCACCAUGAUGGGCGCCUCUGACCCCUUCACUCCGGAGAGCGUCCAACAAGCCAGGGUUGUCCACAGCGACGUUCUGGUGGAGUUGCCCGUCACUCUGAGAUCGUCGCGUCUCACCUCCGUCCUUCUCCAGGAACUCCCCAAAUCCACCACCCUCCCUUCGAAUGCCCUCCUGGGUCUCUCGUCCACCGAACUCCUCCAGAAGAACGUUCAGUUGCUGAUGGAGAACGUCGAGUCGCUGCAGCUGGAGACGUACCGGCUGCUCGGCUACGAGAAGAACAUCUCAAAGCAGGCGCAGCAGAAGCAGCAGUUCCUCCAGCGGAGGAGGGAGGAAAACGAGCGACGGGAGAAGACGGGCGAGCCGCCACUCCCGAUGACCGACGAGGCAAUUGAGCAGGAGUCGAGCCUCAAGCCCGUGGUCCCACCUCAGCGACUCGAGGCUCUCCUGAUUGGUGAGCAGGUCGACCUCCGAUGUCAGCAGAUAUCCGAGAUUGCCGGCGCUGCCUUUGCAAAACUAUACCUCGCCGAGGGGCUCCAGCCAAACUAG